AUGGACUCCAUCAAGCAGAACCUCGAAAACGCCAAGAACAAGGGCAAGGAUUACUAUAACCAGAUGACGGGGCAGCAGAACUCCGAUGCCUCUCAGUACGCCGAACAGGCCAAGACCAAGGCCAACGAGGGCAUGGACAAGACCAAGCAGACGGCCAAGGAUUAUAUGCCCAAUCAGGCAGGGGAUCAUUAA